AUGCAGGGCGGCAAACUCAGACCGAUCGACAAUUAUUCGUCGAGCCUUAUCAAUGAUACGGUUACGGUCUCAGAGAAGCCUGUGACGCAUUCGAUUGACGAGAUUGCCCUUCUCAUUACAAAGCUUUCUAAAUCUGCUCUGAAGAAAGGUAUGAAAGAGUUGUUCGGUAAGACUGCAGAUCUCAAAAGUGCUUACCGACAGUUGGCGAUCUCAGAUGAGAGUUUGAAGUAUUCGUACUUAUCUGUAUUUGAUCCUGUGGAUAAGAAACCUAAGGCCUUCAGACAGUUGGCUGUUCCAUUCGGAUCGACAAAGGCGGUUUACUUCUUCUUAAGGGUUGCACGAGCUCUCUGGACGAUCCUGGUCAAAGGAGCUUUGAUCCCCACCACUAAUUACUUCGACGAUUUUGUGCUUCUGGCUUUGAGCGGUGAUCGGAGUUCUUGCUCGCAUGUUUUCGAUGAGGUCAUGAAGCUACUUGGAUGGAAGCUCUCGGAAGACAAAUCUACAGAUUGGAGUACUACCUUCGAAGCCUUAGGUGUCCUCUUUGAGAUUGAUCAGACCGGAUCCGGAGUCUUGAAAGUCAGGAACACCGAGAAGAGGCGUGAAGAGCUUACUUCCUUGAUCAAAGGCUUCCUCGGCUCAGGAGUCAUGACCCAGAAAGAAGCUUUGCAAUUAAGAG